AUGUAUGCACUAAAAUCAGCCCAACGUCUUUCCCGGGCCCUGCGUGUUGAAUGGGAGGAUGGACUUUCAGCUCAGUUCACUUAUGUUUGGCUUCGCGAUAACAGUAAUCGGCGACCAAGCUUGCUACAUCUCGACUUGAACACCAAGCCACAGGAAGUAGAUUACACUGGAAGAAAUUUAUCUGUUGUCUGGCCACCAUUCCUCCCAUCAUCAUACUCAUCACAAUUCCUUCGUGAGCAUGCUUCCGUCAAACGGGCUCACAAUAUUGCCAGUCUUCCAGCAACUACAAAGGUUCUCAAGUUUCCUUGGCGAAUUCAACCACGUCCAUCUUACGAAGAUAUGUCACACAUGGCAAUGCUUCAAUGGGGAGAACGAGCUACUGAAUGUGGCACCAUCUGGCCACACUUUGAACGAGUUCCAUCAAUUGUUUCUGUUGAGUCAGAAAAAGCAAAUGCAAAGGUUCAUUUGGUAGAUGCUGUACAAUCUCUUAGUGUUAUGGCUCAAUCUCAUCCAGAGCAAUUUGAAUUCUUAGCCAGUACUCCAAUUGAAUAUGAGCAUGGAUUUUUCAAAGCUGCUCAUCGUACUGCUGAGAUUCAAGACGGAAAAGUCGUUGCGGCUGUUUUCAAUAAUGAUCUUCGAUCUAGUGAAAUUACAACUGAAUCAUUGGAUAUGCUCUACAGUAGUUUGAAGACAUUCAACAAAAUUUGUUGUCAACAUAUGCAUACAGUUGUUCUUCAACCAAAUGAUCUACUUGUACUUGAUAAUGCUCAAACGUUUGUUGGAGCUCCAGCUCAACAAGGACGUCGUCUACGUCUUCGUCUCUUCCAUUAG